CAAACUGUAGUUCCAGUCUAUACCAAAUGUUAAAUCCCCCGUCAGUCUUAUUGUGAACAUCAAUAAGGAAACGUUUGCCUCACUAUUUUGGGUUUUAAGGAUUUCAUUGUACUUUCCUGAGUUGAGGAGAGCAUACCUCAACAGGCAGCCCUGGCGAGUCGAGCGCCUAUUGCGCAAAAGAGGAGCUACAAGAUGGCGCAAGCAAUAUUUGAAGUGCUUGAAGGCAUGGACAACCAGACAGUGUUGGCGGUCCAGUCUCUGCUGGAUGGCCAAGGUGGAGUUACUGACCCAAACAACCAGAAUGUCUCUGGGACGUCCGCUAUCCAGUCCAUGGGUAUGUACAGCAAAUACAAUGACGAGGAUGUGUUCCUGUGUGGAAAAUGUAAGAAACAGUUCAAUUCUUUGCCAGCCUUCAUGACACACAAGAGGGAGCAGUGUGCAUCUAGCGUCCCCUCCCUGUCCACAGUGUCCUUGGCCUCCACCAAUGGCUACACAUCAGUCCCCUCAAUAAGCUCUGGACCACAGACUCCUGCCAACAGACAGGUAUCCACCUACAUCACUGUCCCUCCUUCCCCUUUGACACACACUCUGGUCCAAGGCAACGUGUUGGUCAGUGACGAUGUCCUCAUGUCGGCUAUCUCAGCCUUCAGCUCCAUCGACCAGCCUAUGGCCUCGAUGCAGACGCCUAUACAGAGUAACCUGAGCAUGCACACAGCUGGUCUAUCUUACCUGCAGCACCAUCACCACCACCACCAUCAUCAUCACCAUCACCAGCAGCAGCAACAACAACAGCAACAACAGCAACAACAGCAACAGCAGCAACAACAGCAACAACAGCAACAGCAGCAACAACAACAACAACAACAACAACAACAGCACCAGCAGCAACAACAGCAGCAUCAACAUCAACAUCAUCAGCAUCAGCAUCACCAUCCCUCCCAUUCGCUGCCCUCUGACCAGACACCGGUUCACCCUCUGCCAGCUGGACAGCCCACCCAGCAGCCGCUCUCCUCACAGGUCCCAGUGAGCCACAGCAACUCAGUAGUCCAGGUGUACAGCACACUGCCCCAUAUGGCUGGGGGUGGGGGUGCAGAGAUCCACAUGUUGGGUCUGCAGCCUUUCCAUCCUGUACAAGUGCCCAGUCAGUGUGUGGAGAGCCAGUCAUUCAACACCCCUCCUGUCUACAGCCCCGGGAAGCAGUGCACCAAAACAAAGACCUGCAGCAUCACCACCAACCUGACAGAGCUGGGCGACUUUGAAAAGGUUAUCAUCCCCAAACGAUCAAGGAGUAGCAAAAAAAGCUCUGAGGGAGCCGCAGCAGAGCAGCUGAAGGGGAAAGUUCCAAAGCUGAAGUGUAAUUUCUGUGAAAAAAUCUUCUCGAAGAACUUUGAUCUUCAGCAACACAUUCGUAGCCACACAGGAGAGAAACCAUUUCAGUGCAUCGUCUGUGGCCGAGCUUUUGCCCAAAAGUCCAACGUGAAGAAACACAUGCAGACACACAAGGUGUGGCCUAUGGGUGUGGCCAGUACAGUGUCCAGAUUACCAAUCACAGUAGAGGUGGUGCCAGUGUCAUCCAAUGAGGUGGAGGGAGGCGGGGAGCAGCAGCAGCAAGGUGAACCAGAGGAGGAGGGGUCACAGCAGCAGAACUGUCAAACACAAACAGAAGAGGGAGUUCAAACAGAAGCUCCAGGGGAGUUGGAGAAGAGUGCGGCUGAGGCUGAUCCGGAGGGCAGCCAAGGGGAAGCCGAGCAGACCGGGCUUCCUCAGCUACGGUCCACCCAGGACCUACAGUGCCAAGCUCCGAGCAAACAGAUAGUUGUAAUAGACAGCUCCUACCAGUGCCAGUUCUGCGCCAGCAAGUUUAAGACUUACUUCCAGCUCAAGUCUCACAUGACCCAGCACAAAGGGGAACAGGUUUACAAGUGUGUGUUGAAGUCCUGCUCCCUGACCUUCCAUAAGUUGGAUCAGUUCCUGGAGCAUAUCAGGACGCACCAGGAGCAGCUGACCUACCGCUGCCACCUCUGCAACAAGGUGUUCCCAUCACUGUUUGAACUGGGAGUCCACCAGUACUCCCACUGCUUCUGCCCACAGCAGAGCACACACAAGGAAACCACCAUCUACAGAUGUGCGAAGUGUCAAAGCCGAUAUUCUACCCAAGAGGCAUUGGAACAACAUCUGCUGACUGCCACACACAACUUUCCCUGCCCACACUGUCAAAAGGUUUUCCCAUGUGAAAGGUACUUCAGACGCCACCUCCCCACUCAUGGCGUUGGAGGAAGGUUCAAGUGUCAGAUCUGCAAGAAAGCCUUCAAGACAGAGCACUACCUCAAACUGCACACACGCAUUCACUCAGGUGAAAAGCCAUACAAAUGUUCCGUCUGUGAGGCGACGUUCAACAGGAAGGACAAAGUGAAGCGACACAUGCUGAUCCAUGAACCCUUCAAGAAAUACAAGUGUCCCUUUAGGACACAUGUAGGCUGCACCAAAGAAUUCAACAGACCAGACAAACUCAAGGCCCAUAUUCUGUCACAUUCUGGUAUCAAACCCUACAAGUGUCUCUUUUGCCAGAAGGCAUUCAGCCGCAGGGCCCACAUGCUGGAGCACCAGCAGUCCCACACAGAUAACUACCGCUUCAGAUGCUCCGCCUGCCACAAGGGAUUCACCAGACAGAGCUAUUACAGAGAUCACAAAUGUCCCGCGGCAGGGAACAGGACAGGAAGUGAAGGGGGGACUGGAGAGGCAGAGGGGGACCAGGUGGUGGGAGUGCCCAUGGCAGAGGAGAAGGAUGGAGGGGAGGACGGGAGAAGAAGAUUCCUGAGUAAAGACAAAAGGCCAGGGGCUGAGGAAGAUGACGAAGAGAAUGAUGACAGCUCAAAGGGCAGCCAAGAGCAGAUGGAAACACAUGGGGAGGAGGAGGGAGAGGAUGAGGAGGAUGAGGAGGAGGAAGGGAUGACAGAGGGGGAGGACGGAGAUGGGAGGAAUGACGAGGGUUGUCAGGCUGCGAGGACUAUCAGGACCAUUGAAGGACAGACGGACAGAGAAGAGGACGGGACAGAACAUGGUGGUGUAGCACUGGAGCAGCUUCAGAGCAACGACCAAAACUGUUUGCAGCAGCCAUGUUUGUAGUGUUAAGCAUUAUCUUUGUAGGAAAGUUUCCUGGACAUGGACCAAACAAACUAUCCUUUAUUUUUUUCCAAUUCUGGGAAGCUUAUUUGUUUUAAAUUAAAACAGUAUUUAAAAUCAUACUCACUCUUUUUACUGUAAAGUAAGAACAGUCUGUUACCUAUUAGUAUUCAGUAUAUUUUGCCAAAAUAACCAAGGGACCAUUUCUAUGUUCUUGUUUACAUAUUUUGUGCAAGUUAAGCCACAGCGGUUCAUUAAAAAUGUCAUAUUGUCAAAAGCAA